AUGCUAGACCUAGGUCUCCAUGUGUCUGCGCAUGACUGGAGACGUCCCAAGAAGCCAGGCAGCCUCCUGAACUCCUAUAAAUACGCUCCUCCAGCCCCAAGUCCAAACCAUUCCAUUCCCAAAGCUAGAGAGCACCUGAAAAGUUUGCAUUGUUGUGAGGUUGUGAUGGGUAAUCUUCUAGGGAGAGAAGUUAUGCCAUCAAUCUCUUGUGUUGUGAGGUUGUGUCGGGUAACCUUCGGGGAAGGCCCAUAUGUUGAGUAUGACUCCGAUGUGGAAAGAUCACGGACGGCUGAGCCGCCAGAUCUUUCGAGGUUCGUGUGGGUACUCUUCCGAGGCAAGGGAAGCUCUGCCGCAGAACCGGUGGUAUGA